AUGGAAAAAGAUUCUAUACUGAGAAUUGAAAGAACUCCGAUGCCUGAAAAGGUAUUAGGCAAGCAUGGUAUUGGAAACUGCAACGAUAGGAUGGCUUCUGUUGAAAGAAACGUUCACGACGUUUGUCACGCUCAUGUGAUGUCUAGCCAGAAUGUUAAACAGGCCAUCGCUUUGUGCGAUUUAAACUCAACCUCCGCUUUAAAUCCAAACCUGAGAGAGGGGAUUCUAUUUCAUAAUCCCAUAAUCUUUUGCGAAUCUUUGGGAUUCUCCUCCAUGAAAAACAAGGAGCGGUCUGACGAAAAUAAUCAAGAGAUCCAUAAAUUAUUGACAAAGAAGAAAACUACUCACCAAGCACACCUCGCUCAGCCACCUUGCUCUGAAGAAAAAUAG